UUAUUUCACUUUACACCCAUACACCACGACUCCUGUUAAACCAUUUGCAUGUCUGAUUUUUCGAUCUCUUUUCUUUGUCGAGAUUUUGUAAUUGUUGUUUUUCUUUAUUAAAUAUAUGGUAAUGUCCACACGAUGAUUACAAUUAUUUUGUUACUCUGUUUAUACCCCCCAGUCUUGGGUGAGGAGUAUGGGAAUCUAGAAUUUAAUGAUAAUAUUGAUAAGAUUUUCAGCGACCUGGAACCAGAUUCUGUUGGACACCGAGUUCCACGGCAAGUUAACAAACUGGAAAGCAAGCCUCACAUAAUAGAUUUCAAAGUGAAAACCACCAUUAUUUCUCGAUAUGCAUUCACUGCUGUUUCCUGCACCAUGAUCAACAGAGUAUCUGCUGCCAAGGAAGGUGUUUUUCAGAUCCAAAUCCCAGCCGCAGCCUACAUCUCAAACUUCACAAUGAUCAUUGGUGGACGAGUCUUUCCCAGUGAGGUGAGGGAGAAAGAGAAAAAGCUCAAGGGCAAAAAGAAAGAGACUAAGAAACCGGGGAAUGGUGCCAAAGCAGACAAUAUUGAAAGUGAGAUGGAAACAUUUCGGAUUGCUGCCAGCAUCCCUGGAAAGAACAAGGCAACCUUCCUAUUGGCCUACGAAGAGUUAUUGCAGAGGCGCCUGGGAAAAUAUGAACAUGUGACCAGUGUGCGCCCCCAGCAACUGGUCAGCAAGCUGUCAGUAGAGGUGAACAUCGUGGAGCAUUCUGAGAUAACCUACCUCGAAACCCCUCAACUGAGGAACGGGAGGACAUCCAGCAGUACAAAUACAGGUAAUCCUAACAGUAAACCAGAAGCUCCUCUAUCUACUGUUGUCAACCGGACCAAGACCACAUGCAAAGUAACCUUCAGCCCCAACAUCAUGCAGCAAGCAAGGAUAGCACGGAAUGGCAUGCUUGGUGACUUUGUCGUUCGAUACGAUGUGGAAAGAGAGCUGGGGAUAGGAGAUAUUCAGGUUUUAAAUGGGUACUUUGUGCACUACUUUGCACCAAAAGACCUGCCUGCUGUUCCCAAGAAUGUUGUUUUUGUGAUAGACACCAGUGCUUCCAUGGUAGGAACUAAAAUCAGACAGACUAAAGAAGCCCUCUUCACUAUUCUCAAGGACCUCCGACCUGAGGAUCACUUCAACAUUGUCAGCUUUUCGAACCGCAUCAAAGUCUGGCAGCAGGGAAAGUUGGUACCUGUUACCCCAGAUAACAUCCGGGACGCCAAGAAAUUCAUCUACCUCCUCAGCCCCAGCGGAGGCACUAAUAUAAAUGGAGGCAUCCAAACAGGAGCUGCGUUACUAAGUGACUACAAGGCCAAUCACAGAAGGACUCAGGGGAGCGUCUCCCUGAUCAUUUUCCUGACUGACGGGCGGCCCACGGUGGGGGAGACCCAGUCCUCCAACAUCCUGAGCAACACCAAGGAAGCGGUUCAGGAGCAGUCCUGCCUCUUCAGCAUUGGAAUCGGCAAUGACGUCGACUACAGGCUGCUGGAACGCAUGGCGCUGGAAAACUGUGGCAUGAUGCGGAGGAUCUACGAAGACGCAGACGCCAGAACAAUGCUUAAAGGGUUUUAUGAUGAAAUCGGUACUCCACUCCUGUCAGACAUCCAUAUCGAUUACACAGAAGACACUGUGGAAUAUGUAACCCAGAAACUCUUUACCAAUUAUUUUAACGGCUCAGAAAUUGUGAUCGCAGGCAAACUGUCAGAUCAGAGCACAGACUCUUUACAUGUCCAGAUGAAAGCCAGCAACAGUGACAAAAGCAUCAUGCUGGAGAUGGACGUACCUCUACAAGAUAAAGCCAAAGAAGUAGAGAAAAAUAUCAAGAGCUUGGUGAAUACAACUACAGAAAAGGAUUACAUUGAAAGGCUGUGGGGAUACCUAAGUGUUAAGGAGCUUCUUCAGUCUCGGCUCAGGAGUGAGUCCAGCAGGGAGCGGGAGACCCUUUCAGACCAGGCUAAGAAUCUCUCUCUGACAUACAACUUUGUUACACCUGUUACCUCAAUGGUGAUAGAGCAGCCUGACAUACAAAUGGACAAGCCCAGAGAUGAUGAUGCUGAUGAUGCUGAUCCGUUGGAUGAAGAGCACAGAGAAAAACCACAGAGUUUACACAGGAACACAAAACAACCAGAUGUUUCUGUGAAGAAGCCUGAAAAGAAAAUAAUUAUUUCAAAAACAUCAGCUGACGGAGACCCUCACUUUGUUGUUGAUUUCCCCUUGAGCAAGAUAGCAGUAUGUUUUAACAUCAAUGGAGAGCCAGGAGAUGUUCUCAGGCUUGUAACAGAUCAUAAAAACUCUGGUGUCACAGUAAACGGAAAGUUGGUUGGAGCUCCAGCACCUGUCAACAGUCACAAAAAACAGCGGACUUACUUCAGCACAAUCACAAUCAUGGUCAGCAAGCCACAGCGGUCAUACAUUGAAAUCACCCCUCGCAAAGUCAUCUUAGACAGCAAGGACAGGAUGGUCCUUCCAUGUGAUAAGACGUCAGCCGUGGAGAGGGAUGGCUUGGCAGUGUCAAUCGUAGGGAAAUCCAACAUUACUGUGACAGUGCAGGGAUCUGUCAGUUUCGUAAUCCUAGUCCAUCACUAUAAGAAUCCAGCUCCAUACCAAAGAGACCACCUGGGAUUUUACAUCUCCAGCAGCAAAGGCUUGUCCAGUGAUUCACAUGGACUCUUAGGCCAGUUCCUGUAUCAGGAAGUCAGUAUCACCGAGAUGCCUGUAAAUGUGACCAUUCAUGAGAGCCUGCUGAAUGGGACUAAAUCAAACCAGGAGCCCCAGAGUCCCAGCACAGCCCUGAAGCUGAAGGACAGGCUGGUGCCUGCAGUGAAGAAGCAGAGAAAGAUACACAGUGGCAGACACCAGGUGGACUGCUGGUUUGUGAAAAACAAUGCAGCCAAGCUCAUCGAUGGGGUGUAUCAGGACUACGUUGUAUCACACCUCUUUGACACUGCAACCGGAUCCGACAUGUACAAUGAACUUUAAUGGCUUGCCUGGUGCAUCAUCUGCAUGUCAUCGUGAAAACCCUGAGACAGCAGAUACAGGAACUCUUUAAGAGCUGCUAGUUAUUACUGUUGAUAUUAAUCAAUUCUAUUAGGAGCUCUGCUUGAAAGGCAUGUCUUGAAAUACUUAAAGGGGAACUAAGUGUUGCUUUAUCUAAUGCAUUGUGCAGUCUUCUUUUUACUAGUUUAUCCUCUAUUGCAGCAAGUCUCAUGUUCUUCACAGCUUAAUAAAGGAAGAGUAACUUACUAACUACAAUUCAUGAAAUUUACCAUGUAAACAAGGAUAACCAGGGUAACAAAUAUUGUACAGUACUAUUUUCCACAGAUACGGUUUGCACUGUCAAAUAAAAACUUUUUUUUCCCCCAUAGAUCAAACCAAAAUCUGAUACCAGUUUUAUUUUGCUUGAAUCAAAAUAGGACAAAGACAUGCCACUAAUGUUUGAAUGGAAUUUGGCAUACGGCCCUCGGGUCAAAGUGUUGCACUGUAAACAAGUCUGUAUAUACUGGAUAAUGACCUAUACAAAUUAAUUGCCUUUAAUAAACCAUUUUUAUAAUAUCGUUUGUUUGUUUUUUGGUAUAUGAAAAUCAUUGAUGUUUCCUUUUAGUCCG